UUCGCCUGCGCAAACAGAGUGCCGCAUCAAAUCGCCGCCACCAAUUCGAACCUCCGCAGCCCCGACCGGUCGAUACGCCGGCGUGACCGACGAGGCAAGGGUGGCACGGCGGCGUGGAAAUUUUCUGGUAAACUCCUGCGGCUGUAGGUGGCCGCCGCAGCGGUCAUGCCGUUCCCUUCCCGCAGGCGCGCGGCUCCUGUAGAGGCGGCGGCAGGCGGGUAAUCUCUCGUCUUUGCACGCAUAAGCGAGUGUAAUUAGUCCCACCUCGCCAUUCCGGACGGAAUCCGCGCGCUAUAAAAGCGCCCCAUUCGCGGGUUCUCUCGCCGAGUCUAGUAGCGCAGACCUGUAACUCCGGCUUCGGGGGGUAGCGUUGGCCGAGAGUAAGGUCGCUGUGUUGUGCGCUUGAAACCAGGGUCAGAGGCAGCUCUGAGCCCGGCAGACUCGUUCUGCGGCCAUGUCCCCCAGCAAUGGGGUGCCAUGCGGCCGGUGCCACCCGGCGCCGGCCGCGAAUCCCUACUUUGGGCUUUUCUUCCCUAUCAUAAAUAAAGGGUUGAACCUUGGGUUCGCGCGCACACUCGGCCCCUCUCGCCAGCUCUUUUUUGCAGUUCCGCCAUUUCAUUUCUGAUUUCUGAAUGAAAGCACAUAGCCAUGUUCAUCUCGGAAUGCUCCGCUCUGUGUUCUUCGGUUCAGUUUCGCUGGCUAUGAAUAUUUUCUACUCAUUUGUCAGAAGCAUAUACUCUGCAGUUUCGGAAAGGGAUUAUGUAAACAGGAAAACUGCACCAGCAUACUAGGUUUACAACUCUUUUUUGGGGAUUGUCGUGAUGGGAGCUUCUUAAUUUCUGGAUGCAGUAUUGCAUUUGUAUUCAGUUCUUGUCCUUAUUCUUAAUUGCAGAAAUGUCCAGAUGCUUUGGAGUAGUUGCUUUAUAUUUCUUCAGACAAUGCCGGCACUUUAUUUAUUGAAUAACAUCGCCGUUACAAAUAGUCUCAAGGACAAAACAACAAAAUAGAGUUAACUGUGGGCGAUGAUCUUUUGUCAAUUUCAUCUCUCGUGCUCAACCUAUUCCUGCUAUUAACAUUUUUUUUUUGAACUCGUUUCCUGCUAUUAACAUUUGUACCUACAUGUUAACUGAAGUAUUUCUCCCUGUAGAUGUUAAUUUUUCUUCUCACUUAUGUGGAAGCUCAUUUGUUCAGCAUGAAUUAGUUAGAACUGUAUGCAGACCGUAGGCCAAUUAUGGUAAGUUUCACGUGAGGUCCCAUGAAUGAGAGUCUGACUUGAAGCCACAACACCACCACUGGGUCGCAUACCAGCUCUGUCUCUUCACUCUUCCCUUCGCCGAUGCAUUAGGUAGCUGUUAAUUAUUUUUCUCCUCAUAAAUGAUUGAUUUAUCCACUUGUUUCCUUCCAUUCGUUCUCUAGAUUGAUUAGAUGUGGUCUAGAAUAGGGUGGGAGAGGAACACACCGAGUGAGCCUCCACUAGCUUCUUUAAUAACGAUCAGUUGUAAGUGUGUUAUGCAUCUCAUGGAAUUUUCCAGCUCAGUUUCUUGUCACAGCCGAUGUAUCUUACUGAAUUUUGCAUUGAGAAAUCUUUAGUUGUGUGAGGAAGAGAUGAUUCAGGUUGCGCUAGCCAUUCGGUUUAUGUUGUUUCAAAAUUUUCUUCGGCUGGAACCCACUGCCCCAUCAUCCUCGUUCUUCUCUGCCACUAUCUACUCUCUUUGCUUUGUCUACUAAUUUAGCAACCAUGAGGUAUGCCAUUAGUUGAUGAGCAUCAGGGCUCUACGAUGUGCCUCUCCAUUUAGAAAAUGAUUGUGCAUCUUUGAUUGCUCUGCUAAAUGCCUGGGUGCCAACAAAUCUGCUUGUGACGGGGCUGUAGAAGGUAUAAAGGCUUGUGUCAUUUCUGAAGUUUUUUUUUUUUUUUUUGAGAAAGUCAUUUCUGAAGUUAACAGUAGAAGGUAUGGUGGCUUCCCUCUGGACCUGUGGCCACCGCCAUGCCGGAGCUCUUCUCCCACUGCUCUCUGCAGUGCGCUUUGGUGCGCCAGGUGCUGACACACGGGCUCGACGCCGUGCUUGCUCCGCGCCUAUCAACCGUUGCCUCCGGGCAGCGUGAGGCCCUUCUGCUGCUUCUGUCUUCGGUGCAACUCUCCGACAGCGUCGACGAGCGCACGCUCCCGCUCUGCAGCAAGGCCGGUGGAAAGCUGAGCACCUCCGCCCUCUACAAGUUAUGUUCCUAUGGCGGGGUUCUUGACGAGCGGCAUGAGCUCAUCUGGGACAACUACGCCCCGUCGAAAGUCAAGUUCUUCGGGUGGCUCGCCGUCAAGGACCGUAUCCAGAGUUGUAGCAACCUCCUUCGCAAGAAGAUCCUCACUGCUGAUGUGAGCGCCUGUCCCAUCUGCGCGGCGACGCUGGAGACGGCCAGCCAUAUUAUGUUCGGCUGCCGCUUCGCUCGACAAUUCUGGAGCUCUAUCGGGGCGCAACCGGGGGAGCAUCGCCAGGCUGCUGCGGCGGUUUGCAGCAUCCCUCCAUCCGCUCCUCCCGGCUCGGCCUCCACUCUUCGCCUCCUCUGUCUGUGGCAGCUCUGGAAACAUCGGAAUGAUGUCGUCUUCAAUAGGCUUGCUCCCUCCAUUGAGCUGGUCCGGAAACGCUGCUGCGACGAUGCUGUUCUCUGGCGCGGCCGUCUCCCUAUGGAGAAGCGUGCUGACGUCAAUAUUUGGCUCGCCUUCUUCCUCCCCAGGCGCUGGCAUGCUGCGCCGUGAUCUGCUUCUUCCCCUCGAGCACACCCCCUCUGCAAUUCUGCAUUGGGUGCUGUCUCCCUGUCCCUCCAUGUAACCCUCUGCUGUAAAAAUUUUCGGGGAAUUCACCCGAUCCUCGGAUAAAAUGAAUACAAGCCAUUCAGGUGGGGAGCCUUUGAGCUCGCCCCCGGUGAAAACUCAAAAAAAAGUUAACAGUGAAGGGAGCAGUGUGGCUCAUGUUCUGGAUAGGUCAUCGCCUCACCUCCCUCGAGUCUGGCAUCACAAGCGACUAAUGUGGUUUGGCAUUUCAAUCAAAAUUUUCCUUUCCUUCCGAAAUUGUGUAAUUAGUCUGAAUAGUAGAACAGAGGUAGGAGUAAGACGUCAGGUUGCAAGGGAUGCAUUAUUUUGGACCCCGUGAGAGCACUCAUGGGCUUAAACUCAUAUUGUUCAGUUCACUUUGAUGCAUUUCACGUGGUGCUUGUGAAUUGACAAUACAUGUAUUGUACCUGAAAGUAUGUGCAAGUAAUCAUCAUUGAAGGUACACAGUUAUGUGAAGCUUUCAGUAUGAUGGUCUUGUGCAACUUGUACAGGGCUCUAAGCCUCUAACUAUAUGCUCUGAACCACUUUUGACUCAAGUUAGAGGACCACCGAACUAGGUAUCUAGAAACUGUAUGGCUGGUAUCCCCUGAUAGAUUUGUAUUCUAAAUUUCCAUUCCCCAUCUACCACAAUGCUACUCUAGGGGUUAUCACCCUGAAACUGUACUAAUCGAUUGGCUGUUGAUUAUGCGGAAUCGAGGAUCAUGUAAUUGUUACCUUUCUAUCCUUGGAUAUCUACUAUUAUCUUGCCAAUUAUUUGACUUUGGCAACCUGAUGGAUGUUGUAUUUUCUUUGUUAAUAAAUUAUUUUCUCCUAUUGUCGAACAUACAAGUAAA